CGCACGCCACCUUCCCUCCUCCCACUCGCCGCGCGCACGCCACCACUGCCCGAUGGCGGCCGCUCACGCGCUCGCCGCCGCCUCCUGGCUCGCCGCCCGUGCGCGCGCCACCUCCCUUCCUCCCGCUUGCCGCGCACCACCGCCUCCUCCCCGCUCGCUGCUCGCUUCCCCACCCUCGCCAUCGCCCGGGCCUCGCGGCACAGCCCGUUCACCAUGGCGCUCGCGAGAGCCACCAUGGCCUCUUGCCCUCUUCCCCUACUCCCGCGGCACGCUGGUCGCGGGCGCGGCGUGGCUCUGCGCUGGGGCCGACAAGGCAACGUCGCCUGGGAUCUCGGCCUCGCUGCGUGCGAGGACGUCGAUGCCGAAGAGGAGACGGACGAGGAGGAUGAGAACGAGGAGCGGGAGGACGCCGAUCACGAGUCCGAGUCCAGCAACGCCGCGGAGCUCGGAAAUUUCAGGAAGAGUUUGCAUAGAAAGUCGUGGCUCUGGAGCCAGCAACAGGUGCUUUUCUUGGUUUGCUAUUUCAGCUGCAUUUUGUAGGAUUAGAGGCAGUUUCAGGAAGAAGUUACAUAGAAGGUCGUGGCUAUGGAGCCGGCAACAGAGCCCAGAUGGAGACAUCAUCGACUGCGUGCAUAUCUCCCACCAACCAGCCUUCGACCAUCCUCUCCUCAAGAACCACACAAUACAGUUUAGGCCGGCCUACCACCCUGAAGGUCUAUAUGAUGAUGCCAAGAGCAGCAUAGGCUCCAACAAUGCCGGCCAGAAGCCGAUGAUCCAGACGUGGCAUUGAAAUGGCACAUGUCUGGAAGGCACAGUCCCAAUCAGGAGAACCAAGAAGGAUGACCUACUCCGAGCGUCAUGAGGCAGUAGGCUAACAAGUUCAGUCUGUCCCAACUCUGGAUCCUGGGGGGUCAUAUGGGGAGGAUCUGAACAGCAUAGAGGCUAGGUACUUCAAAGAAUCUGACAUUCUGACCUCAUGAGUUUAGUUUGUUCAUUCUUGUGUCAAGUAAAUGCUGACAUUUUUCAUAGUGGCAUGCAACCCAAAAUGUGUGUCUUAACAUUUAUGUGAUGUUUGGUUUUGGU